UGCCAACGGAAUCCAGAUCACAUCCACCAAUUUCAUCACCAGUAACAUCAUUCUCUUCUGCUACUUCCUCACUAUUGAAAUCAAUGCCUUCCCCGAAACUUCUCAUCAUCGCCGCUCUAGGCGUGGCUGAAAUCACUGUAGCUACAAGUCUGUGCCAGAAUAUCACAAUCCCAGUUACCAUAUCAGCCGAGAACACGCCACUCAAUUUUGCGCCACCACUCACAAACUUCGAUGCGACCAACUUUCUUCUGAACAGUCUCAAAGCCAUCCGUGAUGGGGUUCAAAACCCCCAGACUACAACAAUCAGCGGCAUCUACAACCUUGCUGCCACUCGUUGCGAUCCCGAAUCUGGUCCAUCUGACGUACUUCAAAUCCUGACUCACGGUUUCGGCUUUGAUCGCAGCUACUGGGAUUUCCCCUUCAACGACCAUAACUACAGCUACGUCAAUUUUGCACUCGAUCACGGAUACUCUACACUUUCCUGGGACCGAUUAGGUCUCGGAAUGUCGUCUCAUGGCGACCCUAUCAACGAGAUUCAAAUUCCUCUCGAAGUUGCAGCCCUAGGAGCGCUCUCUCGUGUCGCUCGUACAGGGAACUUGUCUUCCACGGGGACCAGCUACGGAAAGAUAGCUCAUAUUGGUCACUCCUUGGGGUCAGCUAUGAUCUACGCAUUAGCUGCAACCGACCCAGACAUGUUGGAUGCCAUAGUUCUGACGGGGUUUAGCCACUUUGUCGCCUAUCAGCCAGUCGGUCUUAUAGGUUUCCACCUGGUGCAGGCCAAUACCAUUGACGGGUUCACCGAUUAUGUUCCUGGUUAUCUUGCUCAAAAGGAUACUAUUGCAGUGCAAACUGAUUUCUUCGCACCAGGCUCCUUUGAUCCAGAGAUUUUGGAUGCUGCAUUUUUGGCACAGGCGCCGAUUACUGUCGGGGAGUUGGCAACAGCGGCAUACAUGGGGAAUGCCACCAUCUAUUCCAAAGCGCCAGUACUGAUAGCGACAGGAGAACGUGACCUUAUCUAUUGCGGCACCGAUUGUCUAGCUGGAGUAACUGGAAACAUGACUUCUGUUUUGGAUCUUUCGGAGAUAUACUUUUCUUCAACAACAUCAUUCAAGACAGCAGUGAUUCCAGGCGCCGGUCAUGGUCUCAAUCUAGACUAUACCGCAAAUAUCACGUACAGCACGAUCAACGAAUUUCUAAGCUCUAAUGGACUUGGAGUGUGA